AUACGUAUUUUGUAACACAUUUUCAUACUGUCUGUCACACUAUUACACAGCAUUUGUGCAGUUAUUGUCAGUACUGUACGCACACUGUGUUUGCUAUUGAUUUUCAUUAUAAAACAGACAUUUCACUAUUAAUACACAUAUUUCUAUAAGUUGUAUUAUCAUCGCAAUGGCUAUUAAAAAGGUGGUUAUAUUCGGUGCGACCGGGAAUACUGGCCUGGCUACUGUGCAAAGUGCACUGAAUAAAGGCUACGAAGUGACGGCAUUUGUGAGAGACCCUCAGAAACUACCGGCAAAUAUAAAGCCAACGCAUACUGUGGUGGGAGACGCGACUAACCGGUCAGACGUGGACCGGGCCCUCCAGGGCCAGGAGGGGGUGAUUGUGGUGUUGGGCACCCGUAACGACUUGAGCGCCACCACUGCCCUAUCGGACGGCACCCGCAAUAUAGUCGAGUCGAUGACUGCCCACAAUAUACAGCGCAUUGCCUGUUGUCUGUCGUCGUUUAUAUUCUGGGAACGGACUAAAAUACCCGAACGUAUACUACCCGUCCAUACAGAGCACGAGAGAAUGCUGGAGAUAUUGAAGGGCUCCGACAGGCAAUGGAUAGCCGUGUGUCCGCCACAUAUCGAAGACAACCCCGCCCGCGGUGGGUAUACCCUGAAACUAGACGGUGCCGUCGGUCGGAGUAUAACUAAGUAUGAUUUGGGAGACAUUCUGGUGGACAGUCUGACAUCGGAUGACAAAGUGGGACAUCUGGUGGGCAUGGGUUACGCCUAG